AUGGCCCACAUGACAAACCCCCUCGCCACACCUGAGCAGCUGCAUCAACGUGCUAGGUUUAGCUCGCUUCCAACCGAUCUCCAAGAUACAAUCUUCUACACAACCCAAUGCCUCACACAGGCCGCAGGGCUGCUGUUGCAGCUCCCACAGUCCACCACAGCGCAAGCCAAUGUACUACUCGCUCGGUAUUGGCUUGUGGAUUCGGAGAUGCAGCAUGAGUUCAGCGAUGUCUCGGCCGCAUGCAUCUACAUCGUCGCGAAGUGCGGCCCCUUCCCGCGCUCCCCCCGCGACGUGACAAACGUCUACGCCUACCUCCUCUCUCCAGCCUCGCCCCUCGCCCGACCGCCAAACACCACCAAUGCUGACGACACCAACGACCCGACGAAAUACUACCAGAGCCAAGCCGACUACUUCGCCGCACACAACCGCAUCCUCGCCCUCGAGGGCCGCAUCCUGUACGCCCUGUCCUUCGACACGCGCGUCGCCCUCCCGCACCCCCUGGCCGUGACGUACCUGCAGGCACUCGACUUCCUCGCCCAGCCGCGCGAGGUGGUGUCGGAGCGCGCCGUCGCCUACCUCAACGCCGCCCUGCUCUCCCCGCAGCUGCUGUACCUGACCCACCAGCCGAACGCUCUGGCCGUGGCCGCCAUCUACAACGCCGCCCGCGACCUCGGCGCCAAGAUGCCAGAGUGUGAGUGGUGGGAGGUGUUUGACGUCGAGCGGGAGGAGCUCGGGUUCUUGGUCGUCGGCCUGAGGAGCCUCGAGGGCUGGGUCAGGCAGCAGAAGAAGGAGGGGUUGGCGUCUGGGGACGAGGCGCUGGUUCCUGCGCUGCUCGGUGGGGAGGGUGGUUUGCUCACCAGGCGGCUCGUGGAGGCGGAAAUGCAGAGGAGAGGGUUACAGCUACGCCAAAAUGGAGGUGGUUCACAGGGUACAGACGCAGCGGGGGACGAUGAGGCCGAGAUGAUGAGGAAAUUGGAUGAAAGGGUUGCUAGUAUGGAAGAAAGCUAG